CUACCUUCUAAUCGUUCUUUAUUACUCCCAUUUGUCUCCUCCACAUGCAGCCUCCCGAUCAUACGCUGCACAGAAUAUAAAUAUCAUGAAAACAGUAACCGCUCUGGCUUAUCAAUGAUUGUCUAAUGUUUUCCUAUUUUCCUUGCAUGUGAUGCUGCUUCUUUAACAAGCAAAAACCAGCUCAUCCGCCAUCAUUACCAUCAUCAUUGCAAGGCCCCAGUACGGAUUCUUCUCUGCUAACUGUUUCUGUAAGCUCAAGAAUGCAGUUUUCUUGCUUUUCAUUGCUUAUGGGUUAAUACUUGGCGAGCCGAACCUGGGGAUAUUUGGUAGGAGGAGAAUCUGAUGCUGUUUGUGUAUCUUUUUUUGGCAAGUUUGGUCUGAUCUGGGCAGAUGUGAGCAAGUUUUGCAGACAGUUUUUGUUUAACGGCAGAUUUGCUUGAUCACCUCUUGGGUCUGUAGCUCUGACUGAGAAAAUGAGCAGGGAAAUGGAGCUCUUGUUCAUUUUCUUGGCAAUUACCUUAAUUUUCUCGCACACUGCUGCCGACCCAGUUGAAGAUAAGAAAGCAUUGGUUGAUUUCCUUCAGCAUAUCUCGCACCCGCGCUCUCUCAACUGGAAUCAGAGCACUUCUUUAUGCAAAAACUGGACAGGAGUGUUCUGUAACAGUGAUCACUCCAGAGUCAUUGAACUCCGAUUGCCCGGAGUUGGCUUACACGGCCCAAUCCCGCCAAACACUCUCAGCCGCCUGUCGGCAAUUCAGGUCAUUAGCCUCAGAUCGAACGAUAUAUCAGGUCCCUUCCCUUCUGAUUUCUCCAAGCUCUUAAACUUGACUGCCCUUAAACUUCAAUACAACAAGUUCUCCGGCCCAUUGCCUUUGGAUUUCUCAGUUUGGAAUAAUCUCGAGGUUAUUGAUUUUUCAAACAAUGGCUUUAAUGAGAGUAUCCCUUCUUCCAUUUCAAAUUUGACUCAACUGAUAUCUUUGAAUCUUGCUAACAACUCACUUUCUGGUGAAAUUCCUGAUCUCAAUAUUCCUAGUUUGCAGCAGCUAAGUUUAGCCAAUAAUAGUCUGACUGGAAGUUUGCCCAAAUCCCUUCAGAGAUUUCCAAGUUCUGCCUUUUCUGGUAACAAUCUUACACUGGAAAAUGCUCUUCCUCCAGUUUUUCAGGUACAACCACCUAAUGUUCAACCAAUAAAGAAAAAAACCACAAAACUUAGUAACGCAGCAAUAUUGGGAAUAGUAAUCUGCGGUUGUGUUCUAGUGUUUGUGGUUAUUGCUGUUUUUAUGAUGCUUUGCUCCUCAAAUGGAGGUGGAAAGGGCGGUCAAGUGAAGCAGAAAAAGAAAGAAGUCUAUUUGAAGAAAGAGGUUUCUAUAAAAGACGAGAGUGAGAAGCUUGUCUUCUUUGAGGGUAAUAAUCUUGCAUUUAAUUUGGAAGACUUGUUGAGGGCAUCUGCUGAGGUUCUUGGGAAGGGAACAUUUGGGACAACGUAUAAGGCGGCUCUGGAGGAUGCAAGUACUGUGGUGGUGAAGAGGCUUAAAGAUGUGAGCGCAGGGAAACGAGAGUUUGAGCAGCUUUUGGAGGUGCUUGGGAAUAUUAAGCAUGAAAAUGUAGUUGCACUAAGGGCAUACUACUACUCCAAGGAUGAGAAGCUUGUGGUGUAUGAUUACUAUGAUCAAGGGAGCGUGUCUGCUUUGUUACAUGGAAAAAGAGGGGAGGACGGCCGGACUGCAUUAGACUGGGAGACUCGGCUACGAAUUGCAAUUGGUGCAGCAAGAGGCAUUGCUCAUAUCCACAGACAAGCUGGUGGGAACAAACUUGUCCAUGGAAAUAUAAAAGCAGCUAACAUUUUCCUCAACUCCCAAGGAUAUGGUUCUGUAUCUGAUGUUGGUUUGGCAGCAUUGAUGAGCCCAAUACCCGCACAGAUGAGGGCUGCAGGAUACCGAGCGCCAGAAGUAACAGACACCAGGAAAGCAUCCCCUGCAUCUGAUGUCUACAGCUUUGGUGUCUUGUUGCUUGAGCUUCUCACAGGAAGGUCACCUGUACAUGCCACAGGUGGUCAUGAGGUUUUUCACUUGGUGAGAUGGGUGAAUUCUGUGGUUAGGGAGGAGUGGACAGCAGAAGUGUUUGACUUAGAACUUUUGAGGUUUCCUAAUAUAGAGGAGGAAAUGGUAGAGAUGUUACAAAUAGGGUUGACUUGUGUUGCAAGAAUGCCAGAGAACAGACCAAAAAUGGCAGAUGUAGUGAAAUUGGUGGAAGAAGUUCGUCGAGUGAAUACUGGAAGUCGACCAUCAGGUGAGAUUAGGUCAGAAGCCUCAACCCCAACACCUAUUAUUGCAGAUGAGAUAGCAUCCUCCUCUGCUAUAGAAUCUGCCUCGGUUACUCUUUGAGACCUUUUUUUUUUUUGUCUUGGUUAUCCAUAUAGUUUUCUUUGUUUUUUCAUUUUCAGAUUCAGGAUUAAUUGAGAUUGAAUUUGGGCAAAUGCCUUUGAUUAUUGAAGUUGUUUGGUUUCUUAAA